AUGUCCGGCGAAGUCACCCUCAGUGUCAUUGAUAGUGACCUGAAAGAGGUAAUUCAAAACUUCUUCGAGAUCCAAUCGGCGGUGCAUGGAUACCUCGGGCCAGAAACACAACAAGAACUAGUCAGGAAGCUGAAAUCUCUCACAAUAUCUCUCAAAACCCUUUCUGAGCAUACUACACUUGACCCUUCCCUUACAGACGCCGCAUCGACACAAACCAACGUAAACUCAGCUCUAUCACAGGCGGACCCUCCCUUACACACUAUCCAACUUCCUCCUGAGAUCGUUGACUAUGUAGACGCAGCGCGUAACCCGGACAUCUACACGCGAGAGUUCGUCGAGCUAGUACAAAAGGGCAACCAGGAUUUGAAAGGGAAAGCAGAAGCCUUCUCUUCCUUUAGGGACACACUCGCGCGAGAGAUGGCUAGCGCGAUGCCCGAAUGCAAGAAGGAAGUCGUGAAAGUCGUGAAAGCAACUGGCGGCGAUGCCCAAAAUUUAUGA